AUGGCUGACGUGAUAGGAAAGAAAGUCGCGGUUAUCCUUGGUGUAGUGCUGUCACUUGGAGUUAUAGUGUUGACAGUGGUCCUGUGUGGGGCAUUCUUCUUCUUUCGACCCUCCUCAGGACAGACAGGGAACCAACAGCUCACACAGGGUUCCAAAAAUGACAGUCAUAUACAAAACACGACUUCCGGACCAAUUGCCGUAGAUACAACACAAUCAGGUUACAGUGUGUCGUUUUUGCCCGGGAAAGUCGUCGGUCACGUGACUUUUCCACUUCUCACAGAAACUUCUGGUAUAUGCGCGAGUCGCCGGUACAAAGAUGUUCUGUACACACAUAACGAUUCAGGGGGUUUGAACAGGAUAUUCGCUCUUAACGGUACUUCCGGCGAUCAUCUACUCACUAUUUACAUAGAGGGCGCCACGCAUCAAGACUGGGAAGAUAUAGCGUACGGCCCCUGCGGUACCAGCAGCAGUGCAGGCGGCUACUGCAUAUUCGUUGCGGACACCGGAGGAAACGCAGGCGGUCUCGCCAACACCAUUUUCCGUAUUGCGGAGCCGCAGGUUGACUUUUCGCUGAAUAUCGGCAGUGAACUUAAUGUGUCACUGGAUUCAACUCUUAAAUUCAGCUGGGACCAGUAUGAUUGUGAAACUAUCAUGGUAGACGAACAGGGCGAAGUUUACGUCAUUUCAAAGGUCAUGUCCUGGAACCAGCCAAAACUCGCACACCUUCCUCGUCACGCCUGGGGAACCAAUCAGCGCGUGAAUGUGAGCAUGGGCGUGUUCCUGCCCGAGUUGACGUCAAACAGAGAUAAUCCAACUGCCGGCGAUAUUUCUCCUGACGGAACUGAGGUUUUGUUGAAGACCUACCAGCAGGUCCUGUACUGGCACGUGCCUGAUCGGGACUACUUCCGGCACAUGGUAAGACGGCCUGCAGUGCUUCCCUACAUCCGGGAGCGACAGGGGGAAGCCGUCUGUUGGGAUGCUGCUAGCACCGGAUAUUACACGCUUGGGGAGGACGUUAACGCGACGCUGUACUAUUAUAGGCGUGUUGGAUGACACGACACACAUUCGCCGUUCCUCCUACGUUUAGUAUUAAGUGUAUAUACUGUAUGUCAAACUAUUAAGUUUGAUAGUUUUCUUACGUGAACUACGGUAGAAUUCAGUAUUGGUUACUCAGAUGGGAGAAAACUUCUACAGUGUGUGUAUACCACGUGAUAAAUUGCGUCAUAAAUGCUACGUCGGAAUGCAAUAUUUUGCCCUAUAUGAAGACUUUAAACAAAGAUAACUUUGCUAUUUCUUCACCAUUUUAAAAUGAAACAUAUCGCAGUUUGUGCUGCUAACAGAGCCCCGCCUUCAGUCUUUUACCAGAAUCGAAAGUUAGUUUCUGAAAACACUUUGAACAACCAAAUCGCCGCCUGAUGGAGCACAUAUAUAACGUAAUUUAGCAUGUGGUAUACGCACCAAGCUUAGUUUAAAUGCAACAAAACAACAUUCACCACUACAAGCUGUUAACAAGUUCACUCUUUAACAAAGGGUGAUU